AUGUCGGAGAGCCGCGGUAGCAUCUCCUUCUUUGGGACCUACAGGCCACCGGUGCCCAUGGAAAUCUUCUCCAGCUCCACUGAUCCGCGGGCAUACCAUUUUGCAGCCGAUCCCCACCUCACCGACGGCGUCGGGUACAACCAGAAUGGACAUCCCGUCCCGCCGCUCGCGCUCAGGGAAAUCCUGGACUACUUGCUCAGGAACAAGCCCCAUCUGGCCGCCCGCUGCGGCGUCACCCAGGCCGACUUGGACAAUGGCCGUUUGACCGGCCUGAUCUUCGUCUCCGAGAGAGAAGACGGCCUCGAGACUCUGCACCUGUGCCUGAGCGACCGCGCCACUAGAUCACGCCAGGUGGUGAACCUGCUGGGCGACAUCUAUGGCGUGGACGUCGGCGUGCGCAUGGAGGACACCGGCUGCAUCGCCGGUGGCUUCACGGUGGGCAUAGGGAGAAGAGCACGAUACCGCACACGCACAGUGGGCUAUUCGGUCGUGUACGUGUCCACCAAGGAUCCGGCCAAGAAGCGGCGCACCCCGUGGACCGUGGUGUAUAGGACCAACCUCGCCGACGGUAGUACGGAGCCCCUCACACCGCCUGGCGAGUACGACCUGAGCCCGGCGGUGUCGCCAUGCGGGAAGAUGGUGGCGGUAGCCAACUUCAAGGAAAACAGGUGGAACGGGGCGAUCGAAAACCUCGACACCUGCAUCAAGAUCAUGAACGUGGAUGCUUGGGCGCAGGGAGGCCUAAACCGCAGGGUUGUCAUCAAGAACGGCGGCUGGCCGACAUGGGGCAGUGACAAUGUCAUCUUCUUCCACCGCGGGUUGGACACCGGCCCGCCCACCAACAAGACAAAGUGGGCUGUGUUCCGGUUCGACAUCCGCCGCGAAAUCGAAGAGCAGGUGACGCCCACGUGGAUGGACGCCAUGACUCCGGCGGCCAUCACCGACACCAGGGUGGCCGUGGCGACCAUCCGCGUGAAAUCCGACCUAGUCGAAGCGGGUGCGAAGCGUCCGGCGGAUCAGUGCCGGCACAUCGAGAUCUUUGACACAGCCACUCGCGCGGAGCCGAUGAAGAUCACCCACAGGUGGAGUCCGCACGUGGACCACUACAACCCCUUCGUGCUCGAUGAAGGCCGUCGGGUGGGUUACCACCGCUGUAGGACCGUUCUGGGUAACAACAAUGUUGGUGAGAAGAAGUUGGACAAGGUGCGGUCGGACAAGCCGGAGGUGGAGCUGGUGAGGGUGGCGGGCGUUUUCCCGUCCAUCACCAAGGACGGCAAAAAGCUAGCCUUCGUGGAUAACCAGUUCAAGGCGGUGUGGCUGGCCGUGAGCGGAAGCACCAGGCCGCGCAAUGUCUACCAGCCCAAGCCCGAUCCGUGUAACCGUUCCCCCGAGAGCGUCUUCUCCACGUCGUGGAACCAGAACGACACGCUAGACACGCUCUACGUCUGCCAAGGCACGGAAUUCCGCACGGACAAGCCGGUGCGAAUCAUGAUGAUACGUAACGUGUCCAGCUGCCUGUGCACGGACCCCGUGAAGAUCGUCUUGGCGCUCACCCAUAAUCUGUACAACUGCGCCUUCCCGUCCAGCAACCGGGAAGGGGACAAACUCGUGUUUCGCUGCAGCAGCAACAAGGUCGAGGCAGGGCAGAUGGCGGUCAAGAACCUCUACAUCAUCGACGCCAUGAAAGGGGAGUCUGGCCCUGCCGGCGCGAUCCAGCUCACCGAGGGCCAGUGCAUAGACACCCACUGCAGCUGGUCGCCCAGGCCAGAUUGCGGCUGGAUCGUCUUCUCCUCCUCCCGCCACAUGUCGCGGGAGCUGGACCAGGGCCUCGACGCCGGCUAUUUCGCCGUCUACCUGGUGUGCGCCAAGGGCGUGGUCAAGGGACAGACACGGAACCCGGUGAUGGUGGUCCGCAGCGGGGACUACAUGGCGGGGCACGUGAACCACCCCGUCUUCAGCCCCGACAUGAAGAGCAUCGUCUUCACCGCCGACCUCGCCGCCGUCUCCGCCGAACCCGUCUCCCUGCCGCACUUCACGCACUCCGUCAGGCCAUACGGCGACAUCUUCUCCGUCGAGCUCACAGACAGCUGCAACAUAUGGAACAACUAUGACAUCAAGGAGUUCCACCGCGUCACGCACAGCCGCUACGAGUACUCCACGCCUACAUGGUCUAGGUGGUUCAACAUCGAACACCACAACAAGUGGGAGAUGCCGCCGGAGUGCCGGGGCAACCACUUCCAGCCCCCGUGCCCGCACGUGGGAGGCCUAAGGAGAGCAUGA